UGUCUCCUCGCGCGGUCGGAGUUCCAUGCUGUCCUCCGCGCUCUCUGCCCCGCAUCAGCGCUGAAUGUGGUCCUUGACGAGCUCGCAUGGCCUUAAAAGAACCUGAGAGGCGCGUCUCCAUCUCGGCCUCCGCGGCUUCCCUGCAGAUCUGAGGUUUGACCUCAUCCAGGCAGGAAGAACAGGAACCAGUGAAGAGGAGGAGGAUGAUGAUGAUGCAGCGCAUCCUGGCCCCCGGGAUCCUGCGGCGUGCGGCCGUGAUGCGGGCCCUUGUGGGCGUUGCCGCUGUCCCCGAGCCUCUGGCGGUGCUGAGCUGCUGUUCCCUCCAGCUGUCGCCUGUUAGGCAGCGAUGGCUCUGCACAUCCACCUGCAGCAGAGCAGCACAGGAACCCAAACCAACACCCCAGUCCGCCCCCACACCCGCCCCACAGGAUGUCCAGAAAAGGGAAGCCGAGCCCACUCCCGUGGACGUGGACCCUCUGCAGGACAACACCAUCGGGCUCUUCCAGAGGUUCAAGAAGACCUUCAAACAGUACGGGAAGGUGAUGAUCCCAGUGCACCUGCUGACCUCCUCCUUCUGGCUUGGAACCUUCUACUAUGCUGCUAUGAAAGGUGUGAAUGUAGUGCCCUUCCUGGAGAUGAUUGGGCUGCCCGAGUCGCUUGUGGGUCUUUUGAGGGAUUCUUCCAGCGGCUACGCGCUGACUGCUUAUGCCAUGUACAAGAUUGCAACUCCUGCCAGAUAUGCGGUGACACUUGGAGGGACGUCCCUGUCUGUUCAGUACCUACGCAAACAUGGUUACCUAUCCACACCCCCCCCAUAUUCAGAAUACUUGCAGGACAAAAUGGAAGAAACCCGAGAGAAACUGUCAGAAAAGAUGGAGGAGACAAAAGAACGCUUGUCUGAGAAAAUGGAAGAGACUAAAGACAAACUGUCUGAGAAGAUCCAGGAAACCAAAGACAGAGUCACUGAGGGGAAGGCGUUUUUCAGAAAGAAGGGGGAUUAGAGGGCGCGGUGGCGCUCGUUGGAGCACGCCAUCUGGACCUCUUAGCAGGAGGACACUUUUUUGUCCGUCUGUGGAAAGAGCAGUGAGUCUUUGCACUGUUCUUGUCCUGCACACUUCACGUAUUGCCUGUUGUUUAUUUAAGUGUCAAAUUCAGUCCAACUAGUCGGAACCUACCCACAAUGCACUGUGGAGAGACAGCAGCUUGGCUGGUUGCUUGCUUUCACCCUGAGCUGAUGUGGUGGCAGAUGUUGAAGUCAGUGUGUGAACACGAGCGCAUCCCUGCUGGUAAAAGGAAACUAAACUUGAAGCUCGUCCUCGUCUUUCUAAUAAUCUAUCAUAGCCUUUCUAAAAGGUCUUUUAUAAUGUAAUGAUAGAGAAUUCAUGCUUUCUAAUGUAUUUUUGAUGACAGUCACAGACGUGUAUUCAAUUGUUCAAGUGGAUCAUUUGAAAGCUCCAGUUUUGGAAUGGCUGCCCCCAAACCAAAACUCCCCACCUCCUGAUAAACAAAUGCAAAUAAAGACCUUUGAUUCCUGCAGAAACACUUGUGAAGGCUGUACACUUAAAGAUGGGAUCGUCUUUAGCUGAUGGAGUUCACAUGUGGAGGUCAUGCUGUGUAGAAUCCAAAGAACUUUGAACCAGUUUUAUGAUAACAUUUCUGUGUUUUGCACUUUUUCUGUUGGAUAUACAUUUGCUCUAUACGUGUGUGUGUUAUAAUCACAUGGGAGUCCCUCACUCGUUAACAAACCCCAAAAUAUCUAAAGUCUUCCAGUGGCUCUCAGCACAGCCAGAGAGACCUUUAGCUGGAAUUCUGAUGUCCAUAGCUUUUUCUGACAUAAGUCUAUGCAUAUCUCUUGUUUAGUGGGGUUUAUUCUUUUUACUCUUAUUGUCUGUUCCUCUGCCUUUACUGUGAGCUAGUGGUGGGCAAGUGAAGUUUCACGAAGCACUUAGACUUUACAAUUGUUUUAAAAAAAUAUUCAAAGCUUCAAGACUUAAGAGACGACAUCUGGACAACUAAAGCCACAGCAACCUCUAAAGAGCACGACUGAAGCACUGGCGGUGUUUUAACCCCAUGACGACAAUAAAGGUUCAGAAAAGUCU